UUCAGUUAAUAAAUGAGAUACAAGCACUGUAGAGUUUCUAAGGAAUAAAAAAUGACCAGUUUCUGGAUUUUUAUUUUGACCAUGUAUACAGUCCAAACUGGUAGACGCUGGGUUACUGCCCAAUCUCCCACAGAGUCACCAGUUCAUCAGCCUGAUAAAGAGCUCAGUGUGGAUAUCGGAGACUCGGCUACCCUGCGUUGCUGUGCUUCUAAAAAACAAACAAUAGUCUGGUAUAAGCAACCAAACAGAGAAAAACCUCAGAUUUUAGUCACAGUGUAUAAAGAUAGUAAAGAAACCUUUCACACUGGAUUCCAAAAGUCUCGUUUCCAAAUAGAAAGAUCUUCAAACUGCAUCAAUUUGACCAUUUUCAAGAUCAUUCAGUCUGAUGAAGCCAUGUACUACUGUGCAGUGACAACACCAUACCUUGGGUUUGGAGAUGGAACUUAUUUAAAAAUUAAAGAAACAUCUAAACCAGCUCUGAGAGAUAAUUCAGUGGUGUGUGAACCAGCAAUGCGUGGAAACGACACUAACACGAACACACAAGACAAAACAUUGAUCGGUUUGGGAACGGCUUUGGGUUUGUGCUCACUUCUGAUUUUCUGUUUCACUUAUUUCAUACUGAGGAGAAGAAACUGUGACACCUCUAGAUCCAACACAUCUAUUGAAGAUUCUCAUCAAUCCGUCUCAUCAGAGUGUGUGUACUCCAAUGUGAAGAAAACUGUAAGAUAACAUCUAUGCCUCAUAACACACAUAAACGCAUAACACAAUUACACAGUGAUAACCUUUUAUCAAAAAAAAAAUCUUGACAAUAGUAAAACAUAUUUCUUGCUAUCUUCCCUAUCAUCAUGAAUUAAAAUGCUACAAUUCUACAAGCUUGAAAUUGUCUUUGACAAGAUAUUGUAUAAAGUAACUUUGUACAGUGAAGUAACAUUAAAGUAACGCAACUGAUGUAUUUUCCCAACAUGAUUUCUAUCAAGUAUCCUGGUAUUACAUUCCACUAACUGUAAAC